CAGGGUGGUCCCGGUAUGCCAUGGCAUACCCUAAGAUCUGGCCCACCCUGUAGAAGCGCGCCAUAUCCCUGGCCGUCGCCGCCGCACAGGCCUCCCUCCACCUCCCCUCCUCCCUCGCUGCCUCCUCGUCGCCCCGCUUGUGGCUCCUUGAGCUACCCCGCCAUCGCCGCCCGUGCGGCUUCCUCACCUCGCUGGCCACCGGGGGUAGGUGAUGGUGCGCAUGGCGAGGACGGAGCGCUUUCGCGCACCUCAGUUCGAGUACUGAUGGCGGGAUUCAGAAGCCUCGCACCCAAGACCAGGAACCUGGUGGUGGCUGGGGGAUUGUCUGCUUUCGUCCUCGGGGUCUACUACUACACCAUGAGAGCGGUGGGAGGCACAGACGAGCUGCAGGUCGCAAUCGACAAGUUUGAGGAGAUGAAGAAGAAGGAUGGCGGAAACUCCUCCAACGCAGGAUCCUAAACGCAACUCUGCAGCCUUCCUUUCCCUGUACUGAACUUGGAUCCGCUUACAUGACAGUUAAGUUCGCCCAGGACCAUGCUUCUAUCAUAUGUAAUAAUUGAUAGGUGGUACUCCUAUUAGAUAGAUGGAGCUUCUACGUUGAUGAAAGCUGUAUGUAUUGUCUUGUUUCGGUUCCAAAUACUGGUUGCCAUGACUGAAAUUUGCCUGAACGACGGUACUAGUAUGGACAUGGUAUAGCAUGAUGGAGAGACAUGCUCGGACCAGAAAUUUUGUGUUUGCUUGGAUGUCGGAUGGA